AUGUGGUCUACUGGUAUCGUCGCUGCUCUGCUCGUUGCACCGCGCGCCGCCCUGGCGUGGGGCGCCCUCGGCCACUCGACCAUCGGAUUCGUAGCCAUGCAGUUCAUCAACUCGGCGACGCUGAAGCAGGUCCAGACGAUCCUCGGCUCUGAUUUCGACGAAACGUUGGGGGGCGAUGCUGCUUCGUGGGCCGACGACGUCCGCUCCGAGACAGCCUUCAAGUUCUCUGCACCUUUCCACUUCAUCGAUGCCGAGGAUAAUCCUCCUACGUCCUGCUCCGUGAACAUCGCGCGCGAUUGCGGCGCCGCCGGAUGCGUUAUCAGUGCCAUCCAGAACUACACUACUCGUCUGCUCGACACUUCCCUCAGUGCCACGCAACGUCAGCAGGCACUUCUCUUUGUUGACCAUUUCGUUGGAGACAUUGGGCAGCCCCUUCACGAUGAGGCUUUGGAACUUGGCGGCAAUGACAUCUCGGCCGUCUGCUUGAAGAAGUCAACGAACCUGCAUGCAGCUUGGGACACCGGCAUGUUGACGGCCAGCGCCGACACCCGCUUCAACGGAGAUGCGCAGACAUACGCUACUUUUCUCGCCAACGAGAUCAAGACCGGUAGCUUCAAGUCCUUGUCCGCCGGUUGGGUAUCGGGCAUCACUACUUCGGCGCUCAAGGGCACGAGCGUCCCUCUCGUGUGGGCUACCGAGGCAAAUGCUUUCAACUGCGUCGACGUCUUUGACUUCACCACGGGAGAGGACCUCUGCACGGGUACCUACUUCAACGCUGCUAUUCCCGUCAUCGACGAGCAGCUAGCCAAGCAAGGUUUCCGCCUGGCAACUUGGUUGAACACCGUGUUCGCCGAGAUCUAA